AACUUGCCGGUACCCUCUUUGCGCUCCCGAGAUUCAAAUCUGUACCAUGGCGAAGGGCUCUUCGACGAGAAGAAUCGCAGCAGUUGCUGCCUACUGCUGCGUCGCGGUAUCGACAUCCAUAAACGCCUUCGUGAUUCCAACCUCGCACUCGACACCGACGCUUACAGGCCCGACGACUUCGCUGAGUAGACWCUCUGCCACCCAACUGCCUUUCUCUCGACCUUUCGAAGCAUCAACCAAUGAUGCAAAAUUGCAGCGCUCAAUCACAUACAGAGGAAACAACAAUCUCGAAGCAGCAACGGCAUCUUUACCUUCCUCGUUUUCGUCGUCACUGUCGUCCGAUCAAAAAUCCGUCUUGUCCGUCGGCCUCUGGUGCCUGACAGACAUUGCUUUUCGCCGUCUCUUUGUCAAGCUUAACUUGGCUUCCAAGUUUCCUUCAUCACUUGCAGGGUGUGGGGUGGUUCUGUCAGUGCUCUUGCUCUCCCCAAAGCCAUCCUCGCCGUCGAAGGAGGGAAGGCUCCAYCGCCUCCUGAGCCCUGGUGCGGCGCUUCUGGCCAAGUGGCUCCCCGUCUUUUUUGUCCCCUCRCUCGUWACCUUACCGCUAGUGGGUGGCAUUGAUAGUCUCGGUGGUCCCAGAGAGGUAAGUAGGCAUGCACGGCAAGCAUAAAUGCAUCCCAGAAAAUGCCGUGGGAUUGGAUUGGAUUGGAUUGGAUUGCUGUGCUUUUGUUCUUUUGGUUUCUGCUACCCGAUCAUCUUCCUUGUUGUGCUGACAAUAUUUACGAACCACGUUCGCAUCGCAUUUGGAAUGAUCCGAAUGGUACACGGACGAUCGAAUGACAAAAACAAACCAAAUGCAUGUAUAAUAGCUUUUGAAAACACUCGCUGUAGUCCUGGGGGGAUUCUAUUUUACGCUGCUUACGACGGCGGGAUCCGUGUUGGGGGUUGGAAAAUUGAUGGGGGACAACCAAGCCACCGGCAACGAUGYCAGCAAAACUCCUGAAGAACCCCCAGCGACUACCACCGCAAGUGAAGAGGAUGCGGCGUCGGAUUUCGCAUCGAGCAUGCCCGAGGCCCCCGUUCCCGUGGCAAAACCUUUUUCUGACGAUCUCAUGAAGAGRCUGCGCAUCGYGGCUAUUUUCAGUGGACUUAUGGCGCUAGAAGGAGCGUCUCCCGUAUUUAGCUCGGCCCCAGCGAGGUUGUUAGUCAAGCUACAGACCCCUAUACUGUCUCUCCUGCUUGGAUCGAGUACUUUAGCCGGUUUUGUCUACGGCUCGMGAAUGAAGCCCAAAAUUAAAAAGGUGGUCCACCCAUUGGUAACCUGUACUACACUCACGUGGRCAGUAAUGAAGGUAUUUUCGAAGUGCGUUGAUCGUUCCUUUGGAAGCAUGYUAACCUCAUACAAAGUAGGAAAGGGAUUCAACGGUCUGUACGGAACGGGUCCAGGCGAUGUUCUUUUGUUCUUGCUGGGACCAGCGGUCAUGAGCCUCGCUAUUUCCAUGUACGACAAGCGGGACCUGAUCCGAGACAACUUCGCCCAGAUUGCCACGGCUGUGUCGGUGUCCUCUCUWGGAGGRUUGUUCGGAACAGCCUGGAUGGUCCGGAUGAUCGGAUUGGCGCAACCCUCCCUCCGGGUGGCKCUCCUGUCCAGAAACAUUACGAGCCCUCUUGCUAUGGCCAUCGCGGGUCUCCUKGGUGCGGGUGCCUCCACGGUGAGCCUCGCCGUGGCGCUAGUGGUGGUCACGGGGCUCUUCGGGGCCAAUUUUGGUGCUGCGAGCCUGACCGCGGCCGGAAUCCAAAACCCGGUGGCACGGGGCAUGGGUAUCGGAGCCGCUGCCCACGGGCUGGGAACGGCCGCGUUUGUAGACGAAAAGGACGCCUUCCCCUUCGCUGCCAUCUCGAUGGCACUGACGGCCACUGCGUGCACGUGCCUSGUGUCCGUUCCGGUCAUCAAGAAGGCCGUGCUGCACAUCGCUCUGAGCGGGCUUGCGUAAUCGAUUCGACUCACUUUAUGCUCAGAUUCUUGCCGCAUUCACCCCGAAUUUCCAAGCCUACCAUAAUGCCGUUGUUGCUGACUGAUGCGGGAUUUUAGGAAUUGGAUGCACUUCGUCUCUCACAAUUGAAAUCCAAUCGGUAAAAGGUACCGGCAAGGCUCCACCCUUCRCAUGAAAGAAUCCUUGGGGUCAUAGAAAUCACGUACCGGUAGGUUACGAACAAAACUACGAUAUCCGU